AUGGCACACCUGAGAGACAGAUCCCACAGAAAGGUUACCGGGGCUCCGGAUUAUGACACCCCGGAGUUUUGGGAUGCCCGUUUUGCCCAAGGCCAGGAUGUGGGCGAAUGGCUAAACCCAGGCCAAGUACUUAUUGAUGAAGUGCUGUCCAACCUAGAGAAUCGGUCGCGUACUUCCAGCGGUGGACAAAGAAAACCGCAUGUUUUGCAUUUGGGACCCGGUGUUUCCCAGCUGGGAUCUAAAUUACGAGAGGCUUGUCUAGAUCGAGGAUGGAGAGCGAAUGGAAUUGUCAAUGUCGACUUCUCUAGUGAAGCGAUACGUAUUGGACAGACUUUCGAAAACCUAAGACCUCCUACUGAGGCAAUGAACUGGCACCGAGCCGAUUUACUCGCUUGGAAUGAUGUUGCCAAUCUCUUGCCGUACGCUCCAUUCGAUGUGAUCCUGGAUAAGAGCACUAGCGAUGCGAUUGCCACUUCGACCGACCAGAGUAUGGAGGCUACUGAUGACAUCUCCCAUAUUUGUCCGACCGUGCAACAUCUUCUUGCCACCGAUUAUAAGAUCAAUCUCUCCCCUGUCGAGUUACUGGCUCUGCAUCUAGUCCCGUUGGCUCAGAGAGGCACCGCUUGGAUCGUGUUGUCAUAUUCGACAUUUCGCUUUGAUAAUCUUCCAUAUCUAGCCAAAUACUGGACCUUGCAUUCCCGGACACCAUUAAAAGCACCCACGGGGCCCGUGUCGUCCUCGACUUACACUCCAGACAUAUUCCAUUGGGUAUAUAUCUUGAUUCGAAAAUGA